UCCUAAAAUAGGCAUUUUCUUAAUUUGUGAACCAUUACGCAUGCACCUAAAUGUAAACUUCCGGCAGUUUUUGUAAGCAUGUCAGAAUACUGGAAAUCACAGCCCAGAAAAUUUUGUGAAUAUUGUAAAUGCUGGAUAACAGAUAAUAAACCUAGUGUUGAUUUUCAUGAGAAAGGAAAGAAACAUCAAGAAAAUGUUAAAAGAAAAAUUGAAGAUGUGAGAAAGAAGGGUAUAAAGGAUGCAAAGCAAAAGGAAGAGCUGGAGGAUGAUAUUCAAAAAAUGGAAAAGGCUGCCCUUGAGGCAUUUAAAAAAGACCUAGCUAGUGACCCUGAACUUGCUGCCAAGUAUGGAGUGAGAGUCAGAUCGGAGGCUGAAAAAGAAGCUGAGAAAAAACAGAAAGAGAAGGCAUCUGAUAUAGCAAAACAGAAGGCACUAGAAGCAAUAGAAAAGAAAAGGAAGGAAGGAGAGUGGUAUGAAGCUAAAUCGGCCGAGGGCUACACGUAUUACUGGAACACCGUCUCACACGAAUCAAAAUGGGUUGCUCCCAGCGUCUAUGUUUCUAUAGAAGAACAAGAGGCGAAGAAAAAGAAUGAGGAAGAAGAGGAACAGAAGGAGGCGGAGAAGAAGGCCAGAGUUCAAGAAGAACUAGAUGCGCAGCCUGAUGAAGUAGCAGUGGGACCACUUCGCUGGGGGACUACCUCAACAUCAGCCUAUGGCAACUGGAAAACAGUGAAGGAACCCCCUAACCUUGAUCUUCCGGAGGAACCCUCAGAGCCUCUCCCCAUUGAAGACAUUCCCCUCCCCGGGCCCCCUAAAGAGAAGAAAGAGAAACAAGAAGGAGGCAGGUUCAAAGAAAAGAGAGUCCAAAGUCUAGCGAGUGGCAAUGACAAUACAAAAGUGACUUUUAAAAAACGCAAAUUAGGAUCAGGGGCACGCAAUACUAGACAACGAGAAGAUGACGAUUGACAAAGGGUUUUUAUAGUAGCAUCAAGUGAAGUUUGAACAAGUGAUAAGAUCAUUGUUAUGUUAUUUGACAAUACAUGUAUCUACAUUGGCAUGAAAUUUAUUAUCUACAUAUUUGUUAAAGAGGAAUUACAAUUUUAACACAAUUUAAUGUAAUUCCUCAUUUUGAUAUUGAGAUAGCUUUUUUGUGAAAAGAUCUGUACUACAUUUCCUGGGAUCAACUUGACUUCAAAAUGGAUAACUUUGCAAAGAACAAUUGUGUAAUGUUUAAUUUAUUAAGAUGUGACAUAGGUUGAAAAAAACAUUAAAGAAAUUGCACUUAGUAA